AUGCUCCUCAACGACCGGGAGUCCUACAUGGUCAGCGACGCCACUAGUCUAAAGUCCCUACUGGCGAGGGUUAACAGGGUUCUGUCUCGACUAAAGAAGGAAAAAGUCAUCACCGUCAAAGAAUGGUAUAUGGCAAAGCCCACAGAAACACCGAUGGCGAGAUUCUACGGUCUUCCAAAGGUACACAAGCCAGAUGUUCCCCUCCGACCAAUCGUCUCACUCCGAGGCACACCUACGUACGGGCUCGCAAAUUGGCUGUUUCAGAAGCUAAGAUUCCUAACCGCGGGCUCAGAAACAAUCGUAAACUCAGCAGAGCAAUUCCUCGACAAAAUAAGGGCGGUCACGAUCGAACCGAAUGAGAGGAUGGUGUCAUUUGACGUCGUCUCACUCUUCACGUCCAUACCACAGGCCCUUGCGGUCGAGACGCUCAGUGACCUGCUUCGUCAGAAUUACGACGAGGGCGAUGGCCAGCCCACAGCUCAAGAUCUCAUAGAACUCAUGGGGCACUGCCUCAAGACAUUUUUUACCUUCGAGGGGAUCACCUAUGAGCAAAUUAAGGGCACUCCGAUGGGUCCACCAAUAUCCGGACUCAUUGCCGAGGCCGUUCUGCAAAAACUCGAGAAACGACUGUUCGCGGAAUACAAACCCAAGUUUUGGGCGCGCUACGUUGAUGAUACCUUCGUAAUCAUCGAUCAGGAUAAAAUUAGCUACUAUGAAGAACUAUUGAACUCAAUCAUCCCCGACCUACAGUUCACGAUGGAAGAAGAAGUGGAGAGCAAACUUUCAUUUUUGGAUGUUCUCAUCUACCGCCAACCAGACGGUAAACUGGCAACGUCAGUCUACAGAAAACCGACGAACACGCUGCAAAGGCUCAGCUACAACAGCAACCACCCACUGCAACACAGACGAAGCUGUGUACGCACACUAUACCGACGGGUGGAAACUCAUUGCAGCACUCCAGUCGCCAAACUGGACGAGAUGAAGCUCCUGCAAGAACUCUUCAGAGACAACGGCUAUCCGCGAACAUUCGUUGAACGGAGUCGAAAGCAACCAAGGAAGCGGAAUGAAGAACCUAUUCGGCCAAAAUCGUGGCGGAGCAUUCCAUACAUGAAAGGGGUCUCCAAAGCCGUAGCCAGAUCCCUCGCGCCGCUCGGAAUAGGCGUUGCCCAAAGGCCCGACUCAAAAAUCCGCCGGCAAGUGAUGCGGCCAAAAAACCCGAUCCCUAAACAGGAGAUGUCGGCUGUUGUCUACGAAUUCAGUGCAGCUGCGGAAUGUGUAACUACGUUGGGGAAACCGGCCGACGGCUGCAAACGCGCAUGCACGAGCAUAAGUUGGCCGUGCGAAGGUUGGACCCAACGUCGGAGGUAGCAACCCAUGCCGCCCCAAUGGGACACGUCUUCAACUUUGACGCCGUUGAAAUUGUGGGCCGAGGGGAUGAUCAUACGGCAAGACAGGUGCAAGAAGCCUGGAUGUCUACCGACUGCUCUGUCAACCGCCACAUCAAUUUACCUCCCCCUUAUCUGGUUUUACGGACAUUCUUGACGGGGGACAGUCACGGCGUGGGACAAUCGGGGCCGCCUAAUUAUCAUCGCGGCCGACGAAGAUGGGCGGAAUUCAGGUCACGGUGACAUGCGGAUCGGAUGCAGCCACGCAGGCGGCAUUGAUGGGCCAGGCUUUGAACAAAGUGCGCCAUAAAAGGAUAGCUGUGUGCACGACUGCUCAGUCUCUGAAGAUGGGUAGAAGAAACGACUACCCGAAACGUCAGACCUCAAAUACACCUCUCCCGGUGAACGCCUCCUCUUCUUUUGAUAUGCCACCCGGGAAUCACAUUUUCACCUCUAUUGAAGUUGAAGUUGUUUCUCAAGUUUCUGACCUCCGACUCGAACGCCACAGUCAGCUCGUCAACGCAAUUCGUGGAGAAACUAAAAGGAGUCAGUCUCCUGCCAAGCGAUAUCAUGGUUUCCUUUGAUGUCACGUCCCAUUUUACUCCUAUCCCGCAGGACCUGGCGGUCGAGACCAUCGAACUACUCCUACGAGAGAAAUACGACGAAACGGAGAAUCGCCUCGGACACGCCCAAAUCAUCCAGCUCCUGAAGUUCUGUCUCAAGACGUACUUUACAUUCGACGGAACAAUCUACGAGCAGGUGAAGGGAACACCAAUGGGUUCGCCGAUUUCGGGACUCAUAGCCGAGGCGGUCCUACAACGGCUGGAGUCGCUGGUUUUCCGACACCGCAGACCGAAAUGUUGA